GUAUACACUAGUCGUUAAACCUUUUAAUCGCAAACAUGGAGCUCGGACCGCAAGCCGAGUUAACCGAUAUUCAAAGGUUUUAUAAGAACACUACGGUUUUUUUGACGGGAGCCACUGGCUUUAUUGGCAAAUUGUUGCUAGAGAAGAUUUUGAGGAGUUUGGAAGUUAAUAAAGUUUUUAUUUUGGUGAGGGGGAAGAAGGACUUAUCUGCCAGUAAGAGAGCGCAAGAUAUUUGGGAAUCACCGGUGUUUGACAUCAUAAAACGAACGAAGAAUGAAGUGCUAAACAAAGUGGUGGUUCUGGAAGGCGACUGCGCCUUACCAAAUCUAGGACUAUCAACGGAAGAUCGGCAAACAAUUAUUAAGGAAGUCAACGUAGUAUUCCAUUGCGCCGCCACGGUGCGCUUCGACGAACCUUUAUCCAAAGCCACCAUGAUCAACGUCAGAGCUACGAAAGACUUGGUGGAAUUGGCGAAGAAAAUGCCCAAGUUAAAGACGUUUGUCUAUGUGGGCACGGCCUUUUCAAACUCAAACCGAUCAGAAAUCAAGGAAAAAGUUUAUCCGUCGACGAUCAGUGCGGAAAAAUUAAUUGCCACAUGUGAGAAUCUUGAUGAAGAAUGCGUCCGAGAUAUAACCAAAACUUUGGUGGGUACCUGGCCUAACACCUAUACAUUCACCAAACAAGUUGUCGAAGACUAUUUGAAUAGGGAAGCCAAAAGUAUCCCGAUAUGUAUUUGCAGGCCCACUGUUGUUGUAUCGACAGCCGAUGAACCAGUGAGCGCUUUUGUGGAUAACGUGUUCACCUUGGCAGGUUUUGUGCUACUAAAUGCAAUGGGCAUCUGCCGGAUUUCUUAUUAUAAAAAUACCAAUUUGGAUAUUGUUCCAGCUGAUUACGUCGUUAAUCAAUGUAUAGCAGUUGGAUGGCAAACUGGAGAGACGUUUAAUAAACAGAAAAAUGAAAUACCAGUAUAUCAUAUGAGCAGCGGACUGGAUAACCCUAUUUCACAAGAUGAAGUUUAUGGUCUAUGUGACUACCACGCAAGACAAUGUCCCACUCCCCAACUGUUCGCAUUUCCCUUAUAUUUCAGAACAACUUGCAAAUACAACUACCUCCUUCUAAGGUUCUUCUUUCACACUAUGGUGGCAUUUUUUAUUGAUUUACUUUUGAUAAUCCAAGGAAAACCUGCUAUAUAUAAGGAACGUGUAAAAAAACUUCACAACUUUCAAGAGGCUUACGAAUUUUUCACCGUAACGGACUUCUUCAUACAUACAGAAAACGCGAAUAAAUUACUGAAGAAAAUGUCCUUUAGGGAUCGCGAGCUGUUUAAUUGUGACAUCGCGACCGUAAAUUGGGAAAGCUACUUUGUAAAGUAUCCCAGGGGGUUGAGAUUUUACAUCUUGAAAGAGUCUAUGGAAACUCUACCUGCGGGAAAGAGACACAUUGAUUAUCUGAGGAGGGUCUUAACUAUUAUAUUAGUAAUUACUACCGUUGUCAUAUACUGUUUAGGGAAAAUAUUUCUUUUUAGGGUGGUACCUUUGGUUGGCGGGGUAGUUUUAAGUUUUUUGCGAAAUUCAGUCUGUUAAAAGAAUUUCUUUUUAAAUAAUGUUAGAGGUCCAAAAGCUUGUCCCACAUUCAUAGCUCCUCUGAUAUGGAAUAAAUGCUGUUUUAAAAUAGAA